UUGCUGAUUUCUGACAGACCAGAAAUCGAAUCGCUCAGACUGCAGAAAAGGAAAGGGACUUUUUGAAGGGGAUACAAAAAGGGGGAAAAAAAGCUUGAACAUCCUUCUUGUUUUGCUUUCAGAAGCAGACGAACCCUUCUCAAGAAAAGAGGGUCACAGAGUUAAAAGCGUUGAACAGGAAAGUGGGUACGUGAGGCUGUGAGGCUGUGAUCUGCACAGGUCCACCACAGAGUCACAUGAUUUGGGUUUCCGCUUUGACACAGUUUUACAGCACAGCAGGGCUCACAGUCAUUAAAGAGUUGCUGCAGCAGGACAUGAUGGUGCUUUGAGGACUACUCUACCAUACACACCACCAUGAAUUUCAAUGGACUUCAGCGCCAGGCCAGCCAAGACAAUAACAAUGUGGAUAAUACUCUGAGGAAGAAGAGUUCCCUGUGGUACCGGCGCUCACUGAGGGGAAGCGGUGAGCGGCCCCGGCAGAACACAGGCUCUCUGCCCAGAGUGCGCAAGCCCAAACAAUCCUACUCCACAUCACUUGUUGAUUAUUCUGACCCACAAAGGACCAGAAUUGUUCUGGAGAAGCAAGACAAUGAAACAUUUGGUUUUGAAAUUCAGACUUAUGGGCUGCAGCUGAGGGACAGCUCUGCAGUAGAGAUGUGCACGUUCGUGCGUAAGGUGCAGGAGGACAGCGCUGCUGAGAGUGCUGGUCUGACCGCAGGCGAUGUUAUCAUCACUAUCAAUGGGGUCAGCAUUGAAGGAUUGUCUCAUGAUCGUGUACUCCACCUGAUAAAAGAAUCAACAAACAGUCUAAAGGUGGAGACUGUAAGUGGGACUGUAGUGAAGCAGAUUGAGCUGGAGAAGAAGAAGAACCUGCUUAAGCAAUCGCUACGUGAGAAAUUGGUGGAGCUGCAAGCGCUCGCAUUACAGGAAAAACGCCUCAUGCGAGGUAACAUGAACAGCAGCAGCCUCCAGCUCUCAAUGGACUGCUCGGCCAUUCUGAGCUCCCCCACAGGCCGCUUUGGCCGUCGCUUUUCCAGUGACAGCAGCUUCAGGAGUGUGAUGACGGAUGACAGUGUGUUUGAGGACCUGAGCUCUCCCAGCCCCUGCAGUGCAGCAAGCACCGCAAACGACGGCUGCUUCUUCUCCAGAGAUUUCCCCACACUGGGCAGCUCCACCAGGUCGUCGUCCAACUCCAGCCACCAUCACUAUCAUCAAACCCUCUGUCGCUCCAGCAGCUCCAGUUUGGCGUCCAGCAGCAGCUCGCUCUCGCCCCCCUGGGAGGAAACAAGGAUAUCCUCCUUGUUUGGUACCCUUCCCCGCAAAGGCAGGAAAGCAAGUGUACGCAAACACAUCUUUAAGUUGAUCCCUGGACUCCAGCGAUCAGUUGAAGAGGAUGAGCCAAAUACUCAGUGACAUGUUGCUCAAAUGCUUUGUUUUCUACUUGGUACUCUGGACUGACAAGGUUUCUCAUGCUUCAAACAAGUUGAAGAAAGAAAAAGACUCCUCAUGAAGUGCUUCACCACACUUAAAUGUUUUAACUCUGCUGAGCCGUUUCAAGCCUUAGAAAACAAGUGUUUGUAUUAUUGGACAUUGUUGCACCCUUGUCAAAGAGGACCCUGUUCCUUUAAGGUGAACCUGGCUCACUGGAGGGCUUUGGCUUUCUGCAGGUUAAAAUCAUUAUAAAUAUGUAAAAUGAUUAUCUUUUCAACAAGCAUUUGACUGAAUGUAGCCUGUGGGCAAAGAUAUAUGUAGGUUAGGUAUGAUUGAUGAGGUUAUGUAUGUCGCAAGCAUGGAUAUGAAACUGAAUGACUGCGAUCAGCAUUAAUGAAUUCAGGGUGGACGGAUGUACUGUAGCUGUAUUCAUGUAGCACUUUGAAAUGUAAAAUGAGAUUAUUAUGACCCUAAAAUAAAAAAUACCUUUUCAGUUACCAAGAUGUAUAAAUAGUAAAAAAAAAAAAAAGCUUUUCUGUCACGUUGAAGGUAGAACCAAAACCAAACCGUCUCUCAGUUUAGAAGGCUUCAGCUCAUAACAGGAUGUGGGUACGAGAGGUACUACUGAACUGUUUUAAUUUCCAAAAUUACUCUCACGAUGUGUAGCACUUAUUUACUGUGUACACAGAUUCUUAAUUUAAAGAAAUGCAACUUUGUGUAGAGAAUGUCAUUUUGUUUAAAUGUGAAAACGUUUUAAAAGCAUAAUAAACUCAUGAAGUCUUUUAA